AAAACUUCACCCUUCAUAUCCACUCAACGCAUAUCUUCUUCAUCUUCUUUCUUUCUUUAAUUUCUCUCUUGCAAGUUACAGCUAAGUUUUCUUUUUCUUAGAUGUCUUCUUGCUCUCUCACUCUCUUUCUUCACCCUCAUCCUCCUCCUCCUCCUCUUCUUUCACUUCCAUUUGCCCCCAAAAAACCCCACCAAUGUUACUCUCUCUCUCCACUUUCCCGCACUUUCAAAUCCUUCAAAUCUCCCCACAUCAUCUGCUUCUCUUCAAAUUCUUCCUCUUCCCAAAACGACAGCGAGGAGUCCCGCUGGCUCCGCGAAGAGCAGCGAUGGCUCCGCGAGGAGCAGCGCUGGCUCCGAGAAGAACAGCGCUGGGCCCGUGAACGCGACUCGCUCCUGCGAGAAAUCACCGAGCUCAAGCUCAAAAUUCAGGCCCUAGAGCAUCGCCAGGAAGGAGGAGGGGCUUCGGUGUCGGAGUCCGAGACCAUCGCCAACAUCGCCGGCUUGUUGCAGAUUUUGACGGAGAAAAAUCGGAUAGCUGAGACAGGGUCGAGUUCCAGAGCGAUAGAAUUGGACCAUAUUCAGGAGGAGAUUCAGGAGGUGUCUGCCGUUCCGGAAGUGAAGGAGAAGAAGAAGAGCAGAAAUGCUUUGAGGAAGGGGUCGGAAGGUGAAGAGGUCCGAGCUAUGCAGGAAGCAUUGCAAAAACUAGGAUUUUACUCGGGUGAGGAAGACAUGGAGUUUUCUAGCUUCUCAAUCGGGACCGAACGUGCUGUCAAGACUUGGCAAGCUUCCUUAGACGCCCCUCAAGAUGGCAUAGCGACUGCAGAACUUCUUGAACAAUUAUAUACGGAGGCACAAAUUGAGGGUCUGGAUAACAAAGGGAGUACUCUGACUGCUACACAAACGGAAGAUACAAAUGGAGCUGCAGUUACUUCUGUAACAGAAAUUUCAGAGGUCCAGCAAACACUUGUGAAAGAAGGUGUUACAGAAGUAGAGGUAUCUGAGCAUCGUGUUUUUCUUCUAGGAGAGAACCGCUGGGAAGAUUCUUCUAGACUUAGCAGGAACCAAAAAAAAGGAGGUGAAAGCAAGACAAUGAAUACCACAACAAGGUGUCUUACUUGUCGAGGGGAGGGUCGCUUAUUGUGCACAGAAUGUGAUGGAACAGGCGAGCCAAACAUUGAAGAACAGUUCUUGGAUUGGGUGGAAGAGGGAGCAAAGUGUCCAUAUUGUGAAGGUCAUGGGUUUACAAUUUGCGACGUAUGUGAAGGGGCAACAGUAGCUUAGAAAAUCAUAUGUAUAUCUACUGUUUAUUAUACAAGUCAACGGGGCCUAGCUCAGUGGAAAAGGGUGAUGACUUGCAAACCAGAGGUCUUUUGUUCGAACCACGACAUCAUAGUUGUGUGUGUGUGUGAGAAAUCCCCCUCCCCUGUAGUACUAAAAAAAAAAAACAAGUUGACGUUGUACUUGGAAAUUAAAGAGAAAAAUAAAAAGGAAAGUUGCCAAUCGGCAAGUUUAAUACUUGAUCAAUAAUUCAAGGGAGGUGAUGGAGGCGGAGAGAUGAGAGAUGGGAGGUGAUGGACGUGGAGAGAUGAGAGAUAAGCUAUGUUGCACCGAUACUCCUAACUGGUUAUGCUGGUAUCCGAUAUUCCGAUAUGCCAAUAUGGAUACGAUAAGCCUCUUAUACGUAUUUGAUACGGAUAUAGGAGUGUCGUUGACUUUUUCUGAAAGUUUGACCUUCCAAUACGUUUCCGAUACUUCAAUGAUAUGUUUUCGAUACUUGAAGGGGUAAUUUUGAAAAUAUAUUUGGUCGUUUUCAAAUUUAUAAAAUCCUACGGAGCUAGAUUUGGGAAGUGGCUUCUCAAUGUUUUAGUUU